UUUUGCCAAGCGCAAGGACACAUGUCUUUAGCAAACGCAACGCUCUCGACGCCUGACCUUCCCAUGAUCGCAGUGCGCGCACGAUGAUCAACCUGCGCUCCAUCAUCCUCUUGGUGAUAUCCUACGUUAUCAUUCCGCGCCUCACAUUUCUUCCGCCUAAUGUCCACUCGCUGCUAAGCAUCUUCGGGCCCUUCCUCAUACCUCUCGUCUUCGACUCGAUCAAAGCCGCGCGCACAGCUUCUCCAAGCGUCCCCAUACGUCCGACACCACCAAGAGUUCAGUAUGCACUCAACUUGCUCUUCUUGAGCGCGGUCGUGUGCCUUGGUCUUUCGCUUUCGCGAUAUGCACCCGAGAAUGUCUUCCUCAAGACACAGAGCCACAUACGGACGGAGCCAAGCGUGUUGUUUGUGCGACUGAGGCAUCUACGCCCACUCACUGACGAAGAUGAAGCUCUUCUGACAAAGUUCAAGUGGGGUAUGCGCAACAAGUUGCUCUACCUCGCGUAUGGUCCAGACACACUCUUGAACUGCGUGUGGUGCACCGUGGCCGACGGGAAUGAUCAAUUCAACUACUUUCUAUACUCUCUACCGAAGAUUGUUACGCCGCACAUAUUUCAGCUAGCCGUGCUCGGUCUCGCUACCUCGUCACUGGUUGGAGCUGAAGGCUCACGCUUCCGCAUCCACGCUACAAUUGCAGGAAUAUUCGUGACGGUGGUAGAAGUUUGGUACAUGGGUACUUAUGAUAUCCUGGUCAACAAGAGGGCAAAGUACGUCCAGGACCUCGAUUCGGCAUACUGGCGCGUCCGCUUCCUACGAUACAUGACAUUCGCCCUGGUAGACAUGGGCCUAGCGUAUGUGCUGUGGGCUACGAGUACCAACCGCCUGUUUGCAAAACCCAUUUCCAUUGCCGAGCGCAUCGAGGUUACUACCCGGACGGCGGAGGAUACUUUUAACAAGAUGCGGGCAUUGGGGCUGCUCACAAACUCUGUAAACCGCGAUCCGGCGCUGAGGGGCGUAAGGGAGGAAUAUUGGAGGACAGAGGGACAGGUCACGGCAGAAGUGGUGCAGGAUGAAGUGGUCACGGAGCAGAUCAAUGCUGUGAUUAGCAGGUUGGAUAUGGGCUCGCUGGAAGGUCGUGUUGGAGAGGUUGCCGACGGAAUACUUGCAGGCAUUGACAGUUUGAGGGCAGGAUAGAUGUUUUCAGCGAGCUACAUGAACCAAGCAACAUCAUUUCUUGGGUGCUGACAUCCACUCGUCAUCUUAUCUCGGCCAUUGCAUUGUCGGAUAGAGAUGGAUGAAGGAGCUGGCUAUAUGCGGAAUGGUGCUGGCCAGGCAUGAUGUAGGUGGCACUACUGCAUCAAACUGCAUAGUGGAUCUCGGAAAUAUCAAACGAUCCUGAUUAUGUACCCUGUUGCUUCGCGAAGGUCACUUGAACGAUUUUUGAUCCCUGC